AUGAACCAACCACGUCCAGCAAGAAAUGCAGCUCCUACCAUCAUUAAAAGCAGCGGUCGCCGACGCAAAGUUCCUGUGUACUACCUUAUGUAUGGUGAUAUUAUUGACAGCCCCAUAGAUGCGAUUACUGUGGUUACGGACGGGCGUAUGCGGGUUGAUCGUCAGGCGCUCGCAGGAAAGAAACGGAGUGGAGGAGAGGGCAGCCUCUAUAACGCCGCCCUUUUAGUCAAUUUGCAAACCAAACCGCCUGGAAGCAACCGGACUCUAAGGCUAUGUAUUCACAGAAUCCUACGUAGAGCGGUCACCAAGCCAAGGCGCCCGCAUGACCCAGAGUGGAGCGACCCCAACGAGGAACCAGACCGAGGCCGCUAUCCGGAACUAUGGGACUGGUGGCGAACGCCUAGGAGUAUUGCAUUUGGUUUAAUCGGCUCUGGAGAUCUGGGGUACGGUUACAGCAAUGCUGCAGAGCAAAUUCUCGGUAUGAUUGUGGCGUGGUACAAUCACCCGACAAAGGGCAGGUUAAGAAGAAGAAGGCAAAUUCUACAUGUGUAUCUCAUGAUUCCACAAUCCGGCCCUAUGAGCCAACGACGUCUGGUUAGAAAGGCUUGGGAACAAGCUUGGAAGUAG